AUGGCCACAAGAGAAUCAAGUCCUGUGACUGCCGCCUCAACUAAAGUACAGGUGUAUCAUAAAGUAGGACCUUCAGAUGGGGCCCUUGUGGUCACUUCUCAAUUACCUAGCGAUUUUCUGCUCUUGACUGCAAAUGAUGAAAUUUUGAAGGAAGUUCCUUCAGAAGACUGUGCUGGCCCAUCUGACACAUCUGCUCCAGAAGCAGUCGAAGAAGAUGACGAGAGCGAAGAGAAGCAAGGUUGGGAGCUGGGCGGAAGAGUCGACGUAGCACAAAGGUCAAUUUCGCAGAAACGACGGCUGCGAAGGAAGCGCCUCCAAGAAAUGCACAUCAAGAUGAAACGUGGAAAGUUUUGGGAAAUAUGGGAAAUGCAGAAGGAAAAAUAUGACAUCUAG